AUGGGGCUGCGCUGCUGCCGCGGCCAUUUCUGGGGCUGGGGGGGUUAUGGGGUUUCUAUGGGGCAGAGCUGGGGGGCUUCUAUGGGUUUCUAUGGGGUUUCUAUGGGGUUCCAAUGGGGUUUCUAUGGGGCAGAGCUGUGGGGUUGCUAUGGGGUUUCUAUGGGGUUUCUAUGGGGCAGAGCUGUGGGGUUACUGUGGGGUUCCUAUGGGGUUCCUAUGGGGUUUCUGUGGGGCAGAGCUGGGGGGCUUCUAUGGGGUUUCUAUGGGGUUUCUAUGGGGCAGAGCUGUGGGGUUGCUAUGGGGUUUUAUGGGGCAGAGCUGUGGGGUUUCUAUGGGGUUCCUAUGGGGUUUCUAUGGGGCAGAGCUAUAGGGAAGGACUAUGGGAUUUCCUAUGGGAUUUCCUAUAGGAUUUCCUAUGGGGAGUUUUCAAUGGGAUUUUCUAUGGGGUUUCUAUGGGGCAGAGACCAUCUAGGAGCUCGCUAUAGGGCAGGUCUAUGGGGUUUUUUUAUGGGGUUUUCUAUGGGGCAGAGCUCUGGGACUCUGCUAUGGGGCAGAGCUGUGGGGUUUCUAUGGGGUUUUCUAUGGGGCCAAGCUCUGGGAUUUUCUGUAGGGUUUUUUCUGGGGUUUUCUAUGGGGCCGAGCUCUGGGAUUUUCUAUGGGGGGUUUCUAUGGGGCAGAACUUUGGGACCCUGCUGUAGGGCGGAGCUAUGGGGCAGAGCUAUGGGGUUUUCUAUGGGGCAGAGCUAUGGGGUUUUCUGUGGUGUUUUCUAUGAGGUUUCUCUGGGAUUUCUAUGCUAUGGGGCAGAACUAUGGAGCUAUGGGGUUUUCUAUGGGGCAGAGCUCUGA